AUGAGUACAAGUCAAGAGGAAAACCGCCCGCGAUCUUCAGAUUUCCCCGGAUCAACAGAUCGUUCAUUCGUCCCAUGGUCAGAGGUUUUCUCCCGACAUGACAACGUUCUCUCAUGCCAUCUGGCGCUACUGAAUGAAGUGAAGUCUCAACUUGUGUCGGAUAGUGACACUUUCCGAGCUGUCUCGUCCAUGGUGAACAAGACUGUCCAAUCAAUGAACCAAUCCAAGAUACUGCGCAAAACCAUGCCAACCAACAGCUCCUUCAAUCCCUCUCAUCCCUCCGCCGCAUCCCAGCAGAACUGGACUGAAUCCGCUCCCUCACAAUCACAGUCGCAGUCGCAAUCACAAUCGCAAUCUGCCGAGCCCAUGCGACGAAAGCGACCUCGCGCUGAUAAAUAUACCACCACAGCAGACUCACAGACAACAUUUUCUGAAGACCCGAUCGCAGACCUCCCAUCAUCCAAGCGCAGGCGCGAUAAUCCCGACGAACCUCCUCAAGACUACACCCAGCCCCCGCAGCAAGAAUACCCUGGCGUGUGGGAAACUGAAGACAUCUCGGAGGAGGUGCAGCGAAGAUUGCGCAUCAAAGAAGAAAUCCGUCGGAAGAAGGAGAGCUCGCGGGUCGAGAAGCGAAAGCGCGACAGUCUACAGUCGAAUGAGGGCCGGUCGCCUGGCUCGUCUAAACAGCCGAAGAAGCGAACGAAACUAGGCGACGAGACGCAGGACCGGGAUUCGAGCUCCACCAGCGGGACUGGAGGAGAGAAGGUGCGAAAGGGCAAAAAGGCGCGAUGA